AUGUCUAAAAACUAUGAAAAAAUUAUGAAAAGUUACAGUCUUAUUAAAUGCUUUUGGGUUGACAAAAAAAUUGUAAUGUAAGAGUACUAAUUAAAUCUAACUUGUUUGUAAGAUAUACAUGAAAUCAAAGUUGAUUAAAAUUUUUCUAAAUAUCAUUCAAAUAUUAACCUUUCUUUAUUCAAAAUUUAAAUAAAAGAAUCGAAUAAGAAAGAAAGAAGAAGGGAAAAUAAAUAAAUUGAAAAAGUAUUGUAGAAUUCAAUGAGCUAAGAAUAAAUAAAUACAGAAAGAAGAAUAUAAAGACAGAAAUAAACAAAUUUAGAAUGUGAGUGA